CUAUGGGGGUCAGGGCUUUUAAAGGCCUCCAUUCCUAUUUCCUACCUCUGAGUUAUUUCAUUGAAGCGCACUCAACGUUCUCCAUUGAAGCGUUCUCCGUUGAAUCUAAUUCUUGUAUCCUCCAUUGAAGCAUCUUCUAAGACUGAUUUGUGAUAUUCAACAGCUAGUGAGAGAAAAAUGGCAUUUCGGUCAAAGGAAACAAUGAAAAAGCUACUGAAGAAAGUUGGUGAAGAUAACAUUACCAGGGGUGUUAAAGAAGCUCUAAGUAAGAACAUACCGAAUAAUAAGGUGGUCAUGGGUCGUGCUAAGCGAGGGCUUUUUGCUGGUCGCCAUAUUCAGUAUGGCAACCAAGUUAGUGAAGAUGGAGGCAAUAAGUCACGGAGAACUUGGAAGCCUAACGUGCAAGAAAAACGACUCUUCAGCUACAUUUUGGACCGCCACAUUCGUGUACAUGUGACCACCCAUGCUCUACGCUGCAUUGAUAAAGCUGGGGGGAUUGAUGAGUACUUAUUGAAGACACCAUAUCAUAAAAUGGACACGGAGAUGGGCCUCCUCUGGAAAGCCAAAAUCGAGAAGAUGUACGAAGAGCUUGGGAAAGUGGAGGUUUCUUUCUUCUCCCCGGAAGAUGAAGCGAAGUUUGAGCAAAGCUUCAAGGAAAUGAAACUAGAUGAAAAGACUGCUCGAAGGGAAUUCAGAAGACAGUUGUAUGGUAGGUCAUCGACUCCUGAGGCAACAUCAGAUCCCAAGGAUGGUGAGUCAGAUGGUGGAGGCUCUGGAUAUGGAAACUCGCAUUCAGAUCAUGAGCAGUUGGUUGCAAAUGCUUGAGAUUGCACUUCAUUAACACCUUCGAGCCUUUUCUGAUUUCAUAACAGGAUGUUAGCCAUUUUUGUAUCAAAUUGCUCCUGUGGUUGUAGUAUUUGUCGUAUUUUAUUCUCUCUUUUUUUUUAAGUUUCCAUAGUAUGUACUAUGUAGGCUAUUUACGUAAGUGCCUUGUAUGAUAAUAAUAUGCAAUGCUCAGAAUUUUGAUGAAGUCAGCUCAAUGUAUCGACACAACUGCAUUGACAGAUAAAUCUCUGUGCUGGUAUGAAAAUUUUGCUUUCACUUUGUGAUAGAUGUUU